AUGGCGAUGGCGCACCACCUGGGCCUCCUCCUCGUGGCGCUCCUCUACGUCUGCGCCUUCUCCGGCGGGCUCCUCGUCGCCGCCUCCCUGGCGCUGCUGGCCUCCCUCGCGGGCGCGCUGGUCGCGACGCUCGCGCUAGCCGCGUCCGACGCGCGCAGGGUCGCGGGCCUGGCCGCGCGCGUAGCCGACCUGGCCGCGGCCGACCUGAGGCUGGCGCGCGCGGUCGCCGCGUAUGCCGUGGUCAAGGCCACGGUGCGCGUGGCGCUCGUGAUCCGGCCCAAGAUUGGCGCGCUCGCGUCGCGCGUCAGGAGUCUCGGCGCCGACCGCCGGCAGUACUACAGCGUGGCUUCGGCUUUGUUCUUCUGUAGAGCUGCGAACUUCACUGCUGUAGCAUGA